GCUCAUGUUUGCGGAAGUACAUCCGCGAGUUUCACGGGUCUGCACCGUGGCUGUGGAGGAGUUCAGUUUUGGUGAAGGUUUCUCCUCUGUCAUAAAAUAACGGCGAGGAAAUGAAGUUACUUCAGUGAGAGUUACACGAAAAGGACAUAACUCGAUCCAAACAAGCUCCGAUAGUGGACAGUCUUUGUCAUAACAAGCUAAAGAUAUUGGUUUCUAAAGGGAGGACCCACUCUCUGUGAGCAAUGGCCCGACCUCUUCAGGUCCUCUCCCUCCUGUCCAGGCUCGGUUCCCUGACCCCAACAAACAGUUGUCGAUUUGCGAGCAGAGGUGCCAGCGGGUCAAGGAUGGGACAGAGCCACGUGCGCAGAGACAGAGCAUCAAACAGAGCUCCAAGAUACAGCGAUGAGAUGUCUGAUGAGGAAUAUGGACUGCAGGAUUUAGAGGAUGUAGAGGACAAGCUCCAGGACUUGGUUCAUGAAGUGAGGAAGAGGCAGAGAACUGUCAAAUAUCACAUACUGAGGAGGCAGAUGACUCAACCAGGAGCUCCACAGAGGAAACUAACCUGGGAUGCUAUUGAGCAGAUCAGAUACCUGAAGAACGAGCAGCCAGAGGAGUGGACAGUAGAGCGUCUGGCCGAGGGCUUCUCUGUCACCCCUGAUGUCAUCCUGAGGGUCCUCAGGUCCAAGUUCAUCCCUGCUCCUGAAAGAAAAUCCAAGCAGGAUGCAAAAGUAACAGCUGAGCCGAGUCAGCAGGUGCUGCCUUUGAGUGCCAGGACAGAGCAGGACAGGCUGAAGCUGCCUGGGAAUCGUACACCAGCCAUACUCCCAUCUGGAAGUAGAGAAGGUGCUUUACUCCCUGUGGCUGACCAGACACUGAUGAUUCAAGGAGAAGGCUCAGGAUCCUUGGCCAAGAGUCCUACCCCCGUUACUGUUCUGCCGUCCCUGGUCACAGCUGGUGUUAACAGAAGUGCCACAGUGACAAGAUCAACAGAACAGGACGACUCAACCAACACAAGUCCAACAGAGGAGGACACAGAAGAAGAGGAGAGCUGGGAUGGACAGGUGUUGACAGAGGAAGAACUUGAAGAGUUCAUGAAAAUGGAGAAAGCCACUCCUGCAAUGCAAACUGGGAAUGAGUUCUUUGAUGCAGAGGGCAACUUUUUGUACAGAAUCUGAGGACUUUCUAUUGAACUGUUAAAUCAUGUGUGAUGCUCAGGUUGGCGUUAUUACACUCAACAAUCAACUCAGCAACUUUUGGAACAGAUCGUUCCUGUACAGGCUAUACACAGGCAAAAUAAAAAAAGUUUAUCUUUU